AGGCUUGUAUAGUAUUCUCUGCCGGAUAUUUUAUCCACCAGAUCUCUAGAGAGAGAAACUAUAGAAAAGAAAAGAAAAGAAGAGAAGAACGAAAAACGAGGGUUGACGAACGCGCCUGAGUUCUUUGGCAUAAUCUCGUAUGUUUUUAAAAACAGAAAUUGCUAAGGAUUUCUGUAGAACUUUUAGACUACCGCCGCCGCCGCCGUUUCAUAAUUGUCAUUUAAAUCAUGAAGUUUUUAGAAUACACUGGUUUGAAUCGAAUAAACGAUUUCUUGAGUCAUCUCAACCUUAGUGAGCGUACUAUAAAGGGAUGUUUGGAGGCAUACUCUUGUAAGCACACAGGGGUAGACAAAAGGCUUUCUCUCAGUUUGGAGCAUGAGAUUCUUGAUUAUCUUGGCCGUUCAUCUGAUACAGAUUCCUCAUCACCUGCUGAUAAUCUGAUUAGUAGAACCAGCCGGAAGACGCUGAUUUACCUUGUCCUUACUUUGUACCAUAUGUACCCAGAUUAUGACUUCAGCAGUGCUGUGAAGGCGCAUCAGUUCUUAUUAGAUGAAAGCUGGGACAGUUUUGAGCAAAUAUUUGAUUCUUACAUGAGAGAAGCAUCAAAGGUAUGGGUAGAGGCUAAUGGUGGUAGCUCCCUUCUUGAAGACUUGUACAAGGCAUUGGAUGAAGUGGUGAAACUCUCUGAAUGUGAAAUUUACAGCUACAAUCCUGACACUGAUGCAGAUCCCUUUUUACAAAGAGGAGCCAUAUGGUCUUUCAAUUUCUUCUUCUACAACAGAAAACUAAAGCGUGUUGUGAGCUUACGGUUCUGCUGUUUGAGUAACUUGGUGGCUGAUGAAUUUUUGACUGAAGAGUUAACUUUUGAGGAGGAUGAGGAGAUAUUCGACAACAUGGACAUGUAAGUCGUCUGAGGCAGUUUGCUCUGCCUUUAUUGCUGCUUGUAAAAAUGCUAUCGUUUGUAGUAUCGUUUUCCUUGUUUCCGAGUAGUGACACAGCUGUGAAUUCUGUUAAGUUAGGUGAUGUGAAGUUCGUAGAGAUUGUAAUUGCUUCCCGACUUGGGAUGCUAUGAUGUAAAUAUUCAUCAGGUUGCACCUGACCUUAAGUGCGUAGGAAUUGAGUGAUAUAAUCAUAAAUAUCAGACACUUGUGUACUGUUAUCAUUUGUGAAUUUCUUGUCUUCAUGAAUCCCAUUUGUCGCAAUCUCGGUUGUUCCAGUGCGCAAUAAAUUUAGGGCCGUUCAAUAAAAUGGUUCGAUAUGAUUUGAUUAUUUUUUGGAUUUUGAACUUGAUCUGUAAAAGAACUUGGAUCAAAUCAAUGGAUGUUCAAACUGAUGCUUCUAUAGAAAAGAAGCAGAACUCGAAAUUAGUAGAUGUAAAUGCUGGAAGAUAGAAUGAAGCUAAAGCUUUAAUUUCGAGUAGAGGUGUGUAAGUGUAACAAGGCAGAACCUAUCACAAGCCUGGGCUUGGAUCUACGAAAUGAAAAUUCACGGAUCAGGUUGGACUUUUAAUCGGUCAGCUUAACAAGUUGAUUUAAAGAGCGUGUAUAUGUAAUAUUCCCGCUGUCUUAUUUUUGAGGCUGAAUCCUUGAUCGACAUAUCUUGAUAAAUCCUUGGAUUUGUUGGAUUUUGUUAGGUUUUUAUUAUGUUUUUUAUUUCGAAAUAGGAGUAAAGAUUUAUAGUUCUUUGGUUUCGAAUUAUAAUGUAUUAAAUUAUAAUGAUUCAUUAAAUCUUGAGAUGUUCUUAUUUAUAGAAAGCUGCACUUGAACAUAAUAUAUGCUAUCAAAGUUCAGUUGAAAAUAAUCUUCUCAUUACUUUUGGUUCAAAGUAUAGGGGAAUAUUUCAUAAAAUAAUCAAAGAUGGACGCUUAAACACACAUCUGAGUCAAGUAUGGGAAGAUGAGUUUGAGUAACACAAUAAAGUCGGGAAGACGAGUUUGAGUAACACACAUUUGAGUCAAUGUAUGGGAAGAUGAGUUUGAGUAACACAAUAAAGUCGGGAAGACGAGUUCGAGUAACAUACAUCUGAGUCAUGUAUGGGAAGAUGAGUUUGAGUAACACAAUAAAGUCGGGAAGACGAGUUCGAGUAACACACAUCUGAGUCAUGUAUGGGAAGAUGAGUUUGAGUAACACAAUAAAGUCGGGAAGACGAGUUCGAGUAACACAAUAAAGAACUAAAAGCUAAAAAUCAUUUCGAAAAAACUGCAGUUUCGAUCCAGUGCUACAAAGUUGG